CCCCCCCCUGCCGGUACCCCACCCCCCUGCGGUAACCCCACGCCCCCUGCCGGUGCCCAACCCCAACCCCAUGCCCCCUGCCGGUGCCCAACCCCAACCCCACGCCCCCCUGCCGGUACCCAACCGUAACCCACGCCCCCUGCCGGUGCCUAACCCCAACCCGUCCCCCACCCAGCCCCAAUCCCCCUGCCGGUGCCAACCGUGCCCAACCCCAACCCCACGCCCCCCUGCCGGUGCCCAACCCCCGCCCCCUGCCGGUGCCCAACCCCCCCCACGUCCCCCCCUGCCGGUGCCCAACCCCAACCCCCUAACGCCCCCCCUGCCGGUGCCCAACCCCAACCCCACGCCCCCGCCGGUGCCCAACCGUAACCCGCCCCCUGCCGUCCCCCUGCCGGUACCCAACCCCACGUCCCCCUGCCGGUACCCAACCCCACGUCCCCUGCCGGUACCCAACCCCACGCCCCCUGCCGGUACCCAACCCCACGCCCCCUGCCGCCCUAACCCCCUGCCGGUGCCCAACCCUAACCCACGCCCCCUGCCGGUGCCUAACCGUAACCCACGCCCCCUGCCGGUGCCUAACCGUAACCCACGCCCCCUGCCGGUGCCUAACCGUGACCCACGCCCCCUGCCGGUGCCCAGCCCCCACCCCACGCCCCCCUGCCGGUGCCUAACCGUGAACCCACGCCCCCUGCCGGUGCCUAACCGUAACCCACGUCCCCCUGGCGCCCCAACCCCACGCCCACCUGCCGGUGCCCAACCCCAAGUCCCCCUGCCGGUGCCCAACCCCAACCCCACGUCCCCUGCCGGUGCCCAACCCCACGUCCCCCUGCCGGUGCCUAACCGUAACCCACGCCCCCCCUGCCGCCCCCUGCCGGUGCCCAACCCCACGUCCCCCUGCCGGUUGCCCAACCCCAACCCCACGCCCCCUGCCGGUGCCCAACCCCACGCCCCCCUGCCGGUGCCCAACCCCACGCCCCCUGCCGGUGCCCAACCCCACGUCCCCCUGCCGGUGCCCAACCCCAGCCCCACGCCCCCUGCCGGUGCCCAACCCCAACCCCCCGCCCCCGCCGGUGCCCAACCCCCCAACCCCAUGCCCCCCUGCCGGUGCCCAACCCCAACCCCCGCCCCCCUGCCGGUGCCUAACCGUAACCCAGUCCCCCUGCCGGUGCCUAACCGUGCCCAGCCCACGUCCCCUGGCCGGUACCUAACCGUAACCCACGCCCCCUGCCGGUGCCUAACCGUAACCCACGCCCCCUGCCGGUACCUAACCGUAAUCCACGCCCCCCUGCCGGUGCCUAACCGUAACCCCGCCCCCUGCCGGUGCCCAACCCCAAGUCCCCCUGCCGGUUGCCCAACCCCAACCCCACGUCCCCCUGCCGGUGCCCAACCCCCGUCCCCCUGCCGGUGCCUAACCCCCCCGUCCCCCUGCCGGUGCCCAACCCCAACCCCACGCCCCCCCUGCCGGUGCCCAGCCCCAACCCCACGCCCCCUGCCGGUGCCCAACCCCACGCCCCCUGCCGGUGCCCAACCCCACGUCCCCCUGCCGGUGCCCAACCCCAACCCCACGCCCCCUGCCGGUGCCCAGCCCCAACCCCUACGCCCCCCCCUGCCGGUGCCCAACCGUGACCCCACGCCCCCCUGCCGGUGCCUGGCCCGUGACACGCCCCCCUGCCGUCCCCCUGCCGGUGCCCAACCCCAAGUCCCCCUGCCGGUGCCCAACCCCACGUCCCCCUGCCGGUACCCAACCCCACGUCCCCCUGCCGGUGCCCAACCCCCGCCCCCUGCCGGUACCCAACCCCCGCCCCCUGCCGUCCCCCUGCCGGUGCCCAACCCCACGCCCCCUGCCGGUACCCAACCCCACGCCCCCUGCCGGUACCCAACCCCAACCCCACGCCCCCUGCCGGUGCCCAACCCCAACCCCACGCCCCCUGCCGGUACCCAACCCCAACCCCACGCCCCCUGCCGGUGCCUAACCGUAACCCACCCCCUGCCGGUGCCUAACCGUAACCCCCCCCCCUGCCGGUGCCUAACACCACGCCCCCUGCCGGUGCCCAACCCCAAGUCCCCAACCCACGCCCCCCCCUGCCGGUGCCUAACCGUGACCCCGUCCCCCUGCCGGUGCCCAACCCCACGCCCCCUGCCGGUGCCCAACCCCCCCCCCUGCCGGUGCCUAACCGUAACCCACGUCCCCCUGCCGGUGCCUAACCGUAACCCACGCCCCCUGCCGGUGCCUAACCGUAACCACGCCCCCCUGCCGGUGCCUAACCGUAACCCACGCCCCCCUGCCGGUGCCCAACCCCACGCCCCCUGCCGGUACCCAACCCCACGCCCCCUGCCGGUACCCAGCCCCACGCCCCCUGCCGGUGCCUAA